AUGUCUGAUUCCGAAGAGCAGCAGAUUCCCGCUGAGGUUCCUGAAGAGCCAAAGGAAGAAGCUCCAAAGAAAAAGGGACGAAAGCCAAGAGCUAAGAAGGCUAAGGCCGCGGCAGAUAAGCCCGCUGCUCCAAAAAAGGAAGGCAAGGUGGCGAAAAAGUCCGCUCCAGCUGCAGCUAAGAAGGGCAAGGGUAAGGGCCGACCGCCAAAGAAAGGAGGAAAAGGAAAGAAAGCCGCUGCUCCAGCCGCAAGUGAAGCCAGCUAA